AUAACCCAUUAACAAAACGUUUUAUCGCCGACACAUCGAAUUCAGGCGAUGGUACGCAACACAUUGAAAUUCUAUGUGUAAACUGGACAGAGAACGAUGAUGCAAAGUUAGAAAGAGAUGAUACAAUAAGAAAGGAACGACACAUUCGUGGGCACGAACAGGCACCAAAAGGUGCAGACACAUAGUCUUCAAAAUCAGUCCGAUGUGGUCACUUUACUCCUGAAUUCUUGUUAAAUCUUUUCCAUUAGAAAAUUGUGAUACUUACUUCAAUCCAUUUUUUACAUUAUUGUAUAAGUGCAAUGUACACAUGGUUGCAGAAGUAUAGUCCAUAUAUGACAAAAAAGAAGCUAUAUUAUAUUAAGUUUUACUCUGCUAAUUUUGCAAAAUGUAACAUCGAAAUGAAUGAUCAUCAACCAAAAGCUUUCAAUAAUAUUCCUGGACCAAAAUCUUUACCAGUUAUUGGAACACUUUACAAAUAUCUACCAUUUAUUGGUGAAUAUAGUUUUACAAAUUUAUAUGAAAGCGGAAAAAGAAAAUUGGAACAGUUUGGGCCGCUAGUACGCGAAGAAAUAGUACCUAAUGUAAAUGUCGUAUUGGUUUAUAGGCCGGAAGAUAUAGCAGAAAUUUUCAAAGCGGAAUCAGGUUUGCAUCCAGAAAGGAGAAGUCAUUUAGCACUUUUGAAAUAUCGAAAAGAUCGCACUGAUGUAUACAAAACUGGAGGUUUAUUACCCACAAAUGGGACAGAAUGGUGGAGAUUACGAAAAGAGUUCCAAAAAGUUUCUAGUAAACCUCAAGACGUGAUCAAUUAUUUAAAAGAAACAGAUGAUGUCAUUCAAGAAUUUGUUGAACUAUGUAUUAAUGAGAAGUUUGAUGACUUCUUACCUCUUUUAUCACGCUUAUUCCUUGAAUUGACAUGUCUGGUUGUUUUUGAUGUAAGAUUGAAUAGUUUCUCAAAAGAAGAAAGAUGUGAAAAUUCUAAAAGUUCAAAAUUAAUCAAGGCUGCCUUUACAACAAAUAGCGUAAUGUUAAGGUUGGAUAAUGGAUUGCAAUUAUGGCGUUUUUUUGAAACCCCAUUGUACCGAAAAUUACGUAAGGCACAAACAUACAUGGAAAUGGUUGCAUUAGAAUUGGUAUCUCAGAAAAAAGAGAGCACAAAAACUGGACAUAACAAAUCAUUCUUAAAUGCCUAUUUACAAAAUCCUGCUCUGGAUAUUAAGGAUAUUGUGGGCAUGGCUUGUGACAUGUUACUUGCUGGUAUAGAUACUACUACUUACAGUACUGCUUUUGCUUUAUAUCAUCUGGCAAAACAUCAAGAUAUUCAAGAAAAAUUGAGGAUUGAAGCCACACAGUUUUUAGCUGAUCAUAGUCAACCAAUAACAGCAGUUGUGUUGCGAAAUGCUUCGUAUACCAAAGCUGUCAUUAAGGAAAGCUUGCGAUUAAAUCCAAUUUCUAUAGGAAUAGGUCGCAUAUUACAAAAUGAUAUUGUUCUUAAUGGUUAUCAAGUACCUAAAAGGACUGUUGUUGUAACACAAAACCAAGUCACUUGUCGUCUUCCUGAAUACUUUAACAAACCAGACUUGUUUAUACCAGAAAGAUGGCUACGUGAACAUUCAGAAAGUAGCAGUAAAAUAAAUUGUGGAAAAUCAGUACAUCCAUAUGUAUUGUUACCUUUUGGUCAUGGUCCUAGAUCUUGUAUUGCUAGACGAUUUGCAGAGCAAAAUAUGCAAGUAUUGUUAUUAAGGAUGUGUCAACGACUCAAGAUUUCUUGGCAUGGGGGUGAACUUGGAAUGAUAUCUUUAUUAAUCAACAAACCAGAUGCCCCAUUAAAAUUCAAUUUUCAUGAGGUCUUAAAAACCAAUUCUACUUGUUUUCAAAAGAACGAAAUAGUAUAAGCGAAGAAAUAUUAUUUUUAAUGAGAAAAUAUGUAUAAAACUUCUAAGAAGUCUUUCUCUGUAGCUACCUUCCGACGUGCACGAAUCGCGAACAUACCAGCUUCUGUACAUACAGAUCGAAUCUCAGCUCCAGUACUAUUAGGACAUAAACGUGCAAGGAGUUCAAAUCUGAUAUCUCUUUCAACACUCAUUGAACG